AAACUAUUCUCUAUCUCCAUCUCCAUCUCCGCAGUUCAUCUUACCGGAGCGGAGAAGAAGAAGAAGAGAGGGCGAUGCGUAUGGACGCCGGAAAUGGGUGGGGUCCCACCCCCGCCGCUUCUCGCGACAAGACGAUAAUCAACCGUAUGAUGCUAAGAUUCCGGCCAAUAGCUCCCAAGCCGGCCGCCGAUACUCCUUCAACUACGACUACUCCUGCUUCUUCAUCUGGAUCCAAAUCCAAAGAUCUUGUUACUGAACGGCCCAGAUCUAAGCGAAAGUAUGUUAGGGUUAAGAAGAUGAGAAAGCCUAAGGGUAUUAGAACGCAAAAUAUUUGUAAUAAUAAUGAUAGGAGAGGUGAAGAAGAGGGAAAAAGUGAGAGGAUGACCGUGCUCUCGCUUCAGUUACUGCCCGAAAGUAGUAGUUGUAACACAAAUUUCAACAGAAGUUCACCUAACAAGGGUUCUUUACAGAAACCCUUUUUGAUGAACUUUGAUGACACCCAGUUGGGCGCUCCGGGAUGGAGAGAUGGGAGCGGCAGGGUGGUGGAGUCGUGGGUGAUGGUGGACGGGAUGACCCACACGUGGGUAGACGGGGGAGAGUUGGGGUAUUCCGACACGGAGAAGAUGAAGAAUCUAGAGAGAGACUCAUGCCCCGCCCUCAUCUCCGACGCUCUCAACCGCGUACAGUGGGUCAACCCGGCUUACCGGAAGCUGGUGGAUCCGUGGCACCACGACGGAGCCGCCGCCGCCACCGCGCCGGAGCUCAUCGUGCGCCUCUCAAUAACUAAAAAUGUGAUUUUUCCGGCGGCAGCGUUUGCAUGCACCGUGAGGGUGGUUUACUGGUGGCAGACGGCGAAGAUGCAGUCCAAAACGAUGCCGUGCGAUGUGUGGAAGAUGGAGUUUGGAGGUCUUGCAUGGAGACUGGACGCCAAAGCCGCGCUUUGCUUGGGGCGUUAGAUAAAAUUGUCUAACAUAAUUUCUGUGCUCACUUAAGGCAAAAUUCCCGUUACUUGAACUGCAACAGCAACCACGGAGGCGGACGCAUGGAGACGAACACAUGGAAGCGAACACAUGUAUGGAGGUGGACGCAUAGAGGCGAGCACACUUAUAGAGGCGAACACGCGGGAUGACAACUCAAUAACAAUCAUGGUGGAGGCCACUUGUGGAUCUCCAAGCGACGGCCCAGUACAUGCAGCAGGCGUCACUUAAGAAGAGGUAAUGGUUCUUAGGGUCCGCCUCAUCAAAGAACCGUUACAAAGGGGGUGCACAACAAUUACUGAGGAGCCGUGCACUGAUGAAGAAGAGCCGUUGCACUUACUAGGAGGGUAUUAGUGCUCAUAAUUGUAGUUGUUAUCAUGUAUAGUAUAAUAGUGGAGCUCAUGUAGCAAGUUAGGGGAUACUGUUUUUCUACACGCAAACUCUUGUACUCAACUAUUAUUACUUACUUAUCAAUAUU